AUGAACUACCUUCUUCUCUCCCUUUCCCUUGUUGGAAUGGCCCUCUGUAACGUCGAAGUGGUCGGUAAUAAGUGCGACUAUUGUAUCGAAUUUUUCGAAAUCAUGGAGGAGCUGAAUGGAAAGAACUUAACCCAAUGGUCGCAGUUUGUCGAAAAUGCUCUCGUAAGUUUGCUUUGAAAGGAAUUUUCUUUCAAGGGAAUGGUCUGAACUUCAUCCAGCGUUUGGGAAAAUGACUAUACUCCCGGACAUAUCUCUCUGACCACCCUGUAGCUCGGCUGUUAAUUGAGAUACAUGGUCGAAAGACACUUUUAUAUGACAGAUUCUGCCUGUUAUGACUCGUAAGCAUGCCAAGUUUCGAAGUGAUUGCGUUAUAUUCACUUGAGAUAUGGGUGGUCAGAAAUUUAUGUCCGGGAUUAUAUAAAAUGAAAAAAUGGAGAGGUCACAAAAGUCAAUUUUGAACGGCCAGUACAACUGCCUUUAAAUCGCACUUGUUACGGCCUGAGAAACAGAGUGCCAAAAAGAGUUUUUUUUUUGUCUGCUGUCGCAGAACCUGACGGAAUCUUCACCGCAAAAUAAUUUCAGUUUGCUUGCAAGAUUCUAAACCCGGAUGGAAAGAAUGCGGAAUUCAAAGAACUUUGUGAAUUUGCACUAAACCGUCUUGAAAGCAUCUACAAGUAUGUUCGGUAUGUCGACAAUGGAAUUCAUCCCGAGAAGGACUGUUGGGUCUUCUUCCGUUGCAAGCAGGAUAGGUCAACUACAGCUCCUCGCAACUCCCGGAUUCCACAGGGGAACCAGCGUCAUCAAAAAGUGAAUUGA